UCGUUUCUACUGCCAAAAACCUCUCUAUUAGGCCUUGAUUCGGAGCAUGUAGAUAUAAAUUUAUAGAAAAUUUAGAUCUGUCCUGCAAUCCUAGAGCCCUCAGGUCCUUCUGGUUCCGACAAGAUGUGCAGUCCUUGCAAAGUUCCACCGGAAUGUUGCGGUUGUCCACCGACGUGCUGUGGUCCGGCCAUUAGCUACUGUAUUUUUGAUCUGGAAAGCGCAGUUUUUGACACCCGUUACAUCUACCGGAAGGCCCUAAAGGAGGUGGCCCUGAGCUACGACAGGAGGAUCCCAGAACAUUUAUAUAUUCAAAGCGGACCCAUGACGACUUCAGAGAUGUCGCAAUUAAUUUGCCGAAAGUGCGACAUGCCAAUAGACUGGGAAUCGUUUCGCUUCGAGUUGAAUGAGCGCACUUCCCAGUUGAUAGCGAAUCCUCCCUUUAUGGACGGCAUUGAGCGGUUGGUGAAUCACUUGCGUAACUGCUGUAUAGGAUUGGGAUUGGUGACCUCUUGCUCGGAGGCGAACUAUUGCGCCAAGAUCCGCGGCAGAGAGGAAUUCUUCGAGAACUUCUCGUCGGUGAUCUGUGCGGAUGAUCCGGAACUGAGGGCCUUCAAGCCGGAACCGGAUGUCUACCUGAUCGCCAUGUCGCGACUGGGCGAUGCUGGACCGGAUUGCACCCUGGUGUUCGACGGCACUCCCAAAGGAGUCCAGGCAGCUGCGGAUGCUCGACUGCCAGUUGUCAUGUUGGCGGAUAAAGAUCUGCCCUGUUGCUGGUCUGAGUUGGCCGCCCUGCGCUUCGAGUACCUGGACGACUUCGAGCCGGAGAUGCUCAACAUGCCGCCGUUUACGGACCCUCCUCCUCGAAGGCGAUCGAGUCGUCGACGGACACGAUACAGCCGCAGGUUGACCGUGAUUCGGAGGAGAGCCGCCGAAGCCGCGGCUGCUGAGGAGGAGGAGGAACAGGAGGCACCGCCGGAGGUGCCACAACCUCUGAUUGAUAUCGCAGAACCAUCCGUUUUGAACUUAAGAGAAUAACUUAUUUUUACUUAACAUUUGACAUAAUAUUUUUUUUUGUUUUAUAUAACACAAUUAAAAACAAAUCAAAAGUUA